AUGACCAAGCCUCGCCCCUCGGACGUCUUCUUCUUCAGCUGCCCCCGGACGCUGUCCAACCUCCUCGUCAAGCUGCUCUCGCAGCAGCAGGGCUGGGAAGGGUCAGGCUACUACUUUCACUCUGCAUGCAUGUACGCAGUCGAAAACUUUAGCUACUCGGUCGACGCCGAGGCGCCGCCCGAGAAGCGGCAAGAGUUUGUGCGGCAGCUCCGCGAGGGCUUUGCCAAGAUGGAGGCUGCCCGGGACAAGGCUCACAGAAAUGGCAACGCCUUGUUCCUCAAAAACCACUGCGCGCAAAUCUGGAAACCCUCUUCCCUGUACGAAGCCACCAAGAACGGCCAAUUCGCCGCCGAAUUCACCCUCGACGACGACGACGACGCUCCGCCCCUUGCGCACACCAACCCCACGAUGCUGCCCGACCCUUACCUCGUCUCCUUUGUGCCCAUCUUCCUCAUCCGCCACCCCGCCCUCAUGGUUGACUCGUGGUUCCGGGCCUCGACGAGCGCCGGCCACCCGCCCGACCCUUGCCUCACCACGCGCGCGCGCAGCCACGGCCUCGGUCUCGCGCGCGAGCUGUACGACUGGUACGCCGCAAGGCUCUUGACGACUGCCACGUCGGACGAGUCGCGGUCGCCGCCGCCACCGACGCUGGGAUGUAAAGGGGUGCCCAUCGUGGUGGACGCCGACGACGUGCUGGAGGGGGACACGGUGCCUCGGCUCACGGCCGUCAUCAGCAUGGAUCCCGCGCAGGUGCUGCGCGGGUGGGAGGCGCAGUCGACAGAGGGAAUGGUCCCCUUGGACAAGAGCUACAUGCAGGGCAUCUGCGACUCGACGGGCAUCGACACGUCCAAGAGCGCCAGGCGGCUGGAUGUUGAGGCCAUGUACAGGAGCUGGCGCGAGACGUACGGCGACGAGGUAGCUGAGUACAUGGUCAAGGUGACGGAGAGCGAUCUGCCAAAUUACGAGUACAUGAAGAGUAAGAAAAUGUAG